AGCCAAUCAGAGGGCGCGGCCGCCCCGCAUGCAGCAGGAACAAUAUGGAAGUAGGAUCUGGGCUGGGAUCCGACACGCAGCUCGCAGAAUAACCCACAAACAGACCAAAAAGAGAGAGAAAACGAGAGAAAGCAACCCACUGUCGUUUCUUAUUAAUGUACCAUCCACUGUCACGAUAGGCAAUGGCAAUGCUGGGUAUGUACGUGCCAGACAGGUUCGCUCUGAAAUCCUCUAAGGUCCAAGACGGGAUCGGGCUUUACACCGCCAGACGGGUGAAAAAGGGGGAGAAGUUUGGGCCCUUUGCGGGGGAGAAAAAGAUGGCCAGCGACCUGGACGACAGCAUGGAUACACGGCUGAUGUGGGAGGUGAGAGGCAGCAAGGGCGACGUGCUGUACGUCCUGGACGCCAGCAACCCCCGGCACGCCAACUGGCUGCGCUUCGUCCAUCAGGCUCCAUCUCAGGAGCAGAAGAACCUGGCCGCCAUUCAGGAUGGAGAGAACAUUUUUUACCUGGCUGUGGAUGAUAUUGAAACGGACACGGAGCUCCUGAUUGGCUACCUGGAUAGUGACAUGGAGGAGGAUGAAGAAGAGGAAGAGGAGGAGGUUGUGAAAGAUGAGGAUGAAAACAGCAGGGAGGCCAAGCACGUGGCAGAAUCAGACGUGAUGAUUAAGAAGGAGGACCACCCAUGCCUGCUGUGUGAGAGCAGCUUUCCCAGUGAGGAGGUUCUGGCCGCCCACCUUCAGAGCCUUCACCAGCGGCCCAGCGGCGACGACAAGGAGUUCAAGUGCCGCAACUGUGGAAAGAGGUUUCCUGUCAAGCAGGCCCUGCAACGACACGUGCUCCACUGCUCCGACAGCCUGAGCUCCGCUGGCGAUGGCACCCAGGUGCACCAGUGCGCUCUGUGCCAAAGCACGUUCAGCUCCGAGUCCAGCUUUGAGCAGCACAGGGAGGCAUGCAGAGGGGAUGCCAGGUUCAUCUGUAAGGCAGAGAGCUGCGGGAAGAGGUUCAAAAGCAAGGAGUCCCUCAAGAAGCACAAAGGGAAUGUGCACACAGGAAGCGCUCGUAGGAAGCUGAUGUGCUCCAUCUGCAACAAGAAGUGCUCUUCAUCAGUCAACCUGCAGGAGCACCGAAAGGUGCACGAGGUGUUCGACUGUCCGGCGUGCGACAAGAAAUUCAUCUCCACCAAUCAGCUCAAGCGGCACAUGAUAACGCACUCAGAGAAGCGGCCGUACACCUGCGAGGUUUGCAGCCGCUCCUUCAAGCGCCUGGACCAGGUGACAGCGCACAAGAUCAUCCACAGCGAGGACAAGCCCUACAAGUGCAAGCUGUGCGGGAAGGAGUUCGCCCACAGGAAUGUCUACAAGAACCACAAGAAGAGGAGGCGGCGGAUACCAGCAGGGGGCGCCAUCCAUGCUGAGGCGGAGACAUCGACCCCCCCCAUGGAAUGUGAGCGCCCGUACCAGUGCCCCUACUGCGACAAGGCCUUCAGCAAGAACGACGGGCUGAAGAUGCACAUUCGCACUCACACCCGGGAGAAACCCUACAAGUGCAUUGAGUGCAACAAGGCCUUCAGCCAGAAGCGAGGCCUGGACGAGCACAUGAGGACGCACACCGGCGAGAAACCCUUCCAGUGUGACGUGUGCGACCUGUCCUUCAGCCUGAAGAAGAUGUUAAUCCGCCACAAGCUGACCCACAACCCCAACCGGCCCAUGGCGGAAUGCCAGCUCUGCCACAAGAAGUUCACGCGCAACGACUACCUCAAGGUGCACAUGGAGAACGUCCACGGCGAGACCGAAGCGUAGCACUCGCCUUCCCCUCCACUGAAGGAGGGAUUUCAGCAUCGAACCCCGGGAAAGUGAAUAAAUGGCUACGCACCGUCCCAGUGGUUCUGCCGGUCCGGCAUCCUCAGCACCACUGGGUAUGCCUUAACCUUGGUGUAUCCGAUCUCCAAUAUGGGAUCAGUGAUGUUGAGAUAGGUAAGGUGCUAGAGGGUGUACUCUGGGCUGCAGCCUCAGAUGCAGGAAUGCCAGUGAAGGCCAACCAAACAAAACCUAACCUCUACAUCCUGUAGCAUUUCAUUUCACUUCAGCUGCUGCCAUAUUUACAUGGAUUUUUGUUCAGUGUUGGGCAUUCUGCAUAUCCUACACACAGUUUAAACACAGUUUAGUAGAUUUAUUUUAUUUUGUUUUUAAGGAGUGUUUCUUUAGUCCAGUGCUUCCCUGAGGUUCUCUUGCAUGUGCUGUAUUUUCCUUUCUAUAUAUUCAUUUAAAAAAAAUCGUUGUAUUGUUGUUAAAACUGAAUUUUUCAGAAUGUUCAUACUCUUUGUAUUAUAAUUCUGUGGUUUAGUUGUUGGCAUUGCUUAUUAAAAUUCCUGUUUAAAUUU